AUGUCCGGCUUUAAAUCCGAAGACUCUCUCAAAGAGCCUACAGUUACCGCCUGGUCGGUCAACUCUAGCCCUAGUCUGUCACCUACAGACGAAAAGAGACUCCCAACACCAUCCGAUUCUAUCAACCUCGAAGGACAAACAAACACACUUCCUCCUUACCAUGUCUUCUCCCGAUCCCGUAAAUUACAGAUGGUCUGCAUCGUUUCCCUCGCCGCCAUAUUCUCUCCGCUAUCUUCAAACAUCUACUUCCCAGCACUUGGCGAAAUUUCUAGAGAACUUGACAUCUCGAUGUCUCUCGCCACUCUCACCGUUACAGUAUACAUGAUCGUUCAAGGCAUUGCACCCAGCUUCUGGGGCUCCUUUUCCGACGUCAUUGGCCGCCGAUCAAUCUUCAUCGGAACAUUUAUUGUCUACAUGAUUGCAAACAUUGCAUUGGGUGUGUCAACAAAUUAUGCUCAGCUCAUGGCGUUUCGGGCAAUUCAAGCUGCAGGUAGUGCUGCGACUAUUUCAAUCGGUGCUGGAGUCAUCGGUGAUAUCACCACAUCUGCUGAGCGUGGAAGUCUAAUCGGAAUUUUCGGUGGAGUACGCAUGCUUGGGCAGGGAGUUGGACCGGUCUUUGGUGGCCUCUUGUCACAGUUCCUGGGCUUCAGGUCUAUCUUUUGGUUUUUGACUAUCCUUUCUGGAUUGAGCCUUUUCUCUAUUCUAUUUUUCCUUCCAGAAACUCUUCGAACCGUGGCUGGAAAUGGAACCGUUCCGCUGCAUGGUCUCUACAAGCCUUUUAUUUACCACUUCACUGGUCAGAAGGAUGCAGACCCAAACUCGGUUCCCUCGGGCGAGAAGAAGAAGGUUACUCUCAAGACUGUUGUCGCUCCUCUUGGUUUCCUUGCUGAGAAGGACGUAUUCAUCACACUCUUCUUCGGUGCUAUUGUGUACACCGUUUGGUCAAUGGUCACAUCCUCAACUUCGGAUCUGUUCGAGUCUACUUACGGCCUUAACUCCUUGGAAGUUGGACUUACCUUUCUCGGAAACGGCUUUGGCUGCAUUUCAGGAUCUUAUACCACAGGGUACUUGAUGGACUACAAUCAUAAGCGAACCGAGCGCGAAUACUGCGUGGAGCACAACCUGCCUCUCGAAACACGCAUUACAUCCAAGACACACUCCGACUUUCCAAUCGAAUAUGCUCGCAUGCGCAACACUUGGUGGAUUACUGCGCUGUUCAUUAUUUGUACAGCAGUGUAUGGAGUUUCGCUUCGCACCCAUCUUGCAAUUCCAAUUAUACUCCAAUACAUCAUCGCCUACUGCGCCACCGCCAUCUUCACCAUCAACAGCGCUCUCGUGAUUGACCUCUACCCUGGUGCCAGUGCCAGUGCAACCGCCGUGAACAACCUGAUGCGAUGCCUUAUCGGCGCUGCCGGUGUGGCCGCUUCCCAACCUAUCAUUGACGCGAUCACAGCUCAAUUUGCAUUCCUGUUGCUGGCAGGUAUCACUCUCGCCAUGGUACCGCUUCUUUCUAUUGAGAUGCGAUGGGGCGCUGGGUGGCGUCUUGAGCGAACCGAGCGACUCAAGCGAAAGGAGCAGUCUAUUUAA